AUGACGAUCAAAGAUAAGGCAGGGACAGAAUUUGAAGAAGACUUUAAAUAUCAUCAAACUCCAGGCACGCGAGCAACCAUCAUGACAAACAAACCAAAUAAUUCAACUUUUGAACAAUUUAUUCUGCAAUACCAGACAAUUAGGGAUCAUGUCUUGCAUGCACAACUUCAGCAAGACAUCAUCAAUCAUUUGUGA